AUGUCAACCUCAUCAUCAACAACGACAAGUAUCGAAUGGACUGCUUCUAAAGUCAGAUCCACUUUCUUAAAUUAUUUCAUUGAACAAAAGAACCAUAAGUACAUUCCAUCAUCAUCAGUUGUUCCUCAUAAUGAUCCAACUUUAUUAUUUGCCAAUGCUGGUAUGAAUCAAUACAAACCAAUCUUUUUAGGUACUGUUGAUCCAGCUAGUGAUUUCUCCACUUUAAAGAGAGCAGUCAAUUCUCAAAAAUGUAUUAGAGCCGGUGGGAAACAUAAUGAUUUAGAAGAUGUUGGUAGAGAUUCUUAUCAUCAUACCUUUUUCGAAAUGUUGGGAAAUUGGUCAUUUGGUGAUUAUUUUAAACAAGAAGCAAUUGAAUGGUCUUGGGAAUUAUUAACCCAAGUUUAUGGAUUAGAUAAAGAUAGAUUAUAUGUGACUUAUUUUGGUGGUGAUGAUAAACAAGGAUUAUCCCCAGAUUUAGAAGCAAAACAAUUUUGGUUAGAUGUUGGAGUUGAUGAAGAUCAUAUUUUACCUGGAUCUGCAAAAGAUAAUUUCUGGGAAAUGGGUGAUCAAGGUCCAUGUGGCCCAUGUUCAGAAAUUCAUUAUGAUAGAAUUGGUGGUGGUAGAAAUGCUGCUGAUUUAGUUAAUAUGGAUGAUCCAAAUGUUUUAGAAGUUUGGAAUGUUGUUUUCAUUCAAUUUAAUAGAGAAGCUGAUGGAAGCUUAAGAUCUUUACCUAAUAAACAUAUUGAUACUGGUAUGGGAUUUGAAAGAUUAGUUUCAAUUUUACAAGAUAAAUAUUCAAAUUAUGAUACUGAUGUUUUUGAACCAAUUUUUAAUAAAAUUGCAGAAAUUACUGGUAUUAGACCAUAUACUGGUAAAUUUGGUUCUGAAGAUAAAGAUGGUAUAGAUACUGCCUAUAGAGUUAUUGCUGAUCAUGUUAGAACUUUAACUUUUGCCAUUUGUGAUGGUGGUGUUCCAAAUAAUGAAGGUAGGGGUUAUGUUUUAAGAAGAAUCUUAAGAAGAGGAUCUCGUUAUGUUCGUAAAUAUAUGAAUUACCCAAUUGGUUCAUUUUUCCAACAAUUAGUUGACGUUGUAAUUGAACAAAAUAAAGAAAUUUUCCCAGAAAUCGUUAAAGGAGCUCAAGAUUUAAAAGAAAUUUUAAAUGAAGAAGAAGUUUCCUUCUCAAAGACUUUAGAUAGAGGUGAAAAAUUAUUUGAACAAUAUGCAAUCAUUGCUUCCAAAACUCCAGAACAAACUUUAUCAGGUAAAGAUGUUUGGAGAUUAUAUGAUACUUAUGGUUUCCCAGUUGAUUUAACUAGAUUAAUGGCUGAAGAAGCUGGUUUAAAAAUUGAUGAACCAGGAUUUGAAAAAGCUAAAGAAGAAUCAAGAGAAGCUUCCAAAGGUACAGGAAACAAAAACGCUGCCAAUUUAAUUAAAUUAGAUGUUCAUGCUUUAUCAGAAUUAGAAUCAGAUGAAAGUAUUCCAAAAACUGAUGAUGAAUUUAAGUAUGGUACAGAAAAUAUUCAAGCUAAUAUCGUGGGUAUUUAUGAUGGAUCAGGAUUUGUAUCUAGUAUUGAAGAUCCUGCUAAGCAAUAUGGUAUUUUAUUAGAUAAAACUCCAUUCUAUGCUGAACAAGGUGGUCAAGAAUAUGAUACUGGGAAAUUAGUUAUUGAUGGAAAAGUAGAAUUCAAUGUUACUAAUGUUCAAGUAUAUGCUGGAUAUGUAUUACAUACUGGUAAUAUCAUCGAGGGGGAACUUGCUGUUGGUGAUGAAGUUAUUGCCACUUAUGACGAAUUAAGGAGAUGGCCAAUUAGAAAUAAUCAUACUGGUACCCAUAUUUUAAAUUUCGCCUUGAGAGAAGUAUUAGGUGAUGGAGUUGAUCAAAAAGGGUCAUUGGUUGCUCCUGAAAAAUUGAGAUUUGAUUUCAGUCAUAAACAAGGAUUAACCACUCCGGAAUUAACAAAAGUUGAAUCAAUUUGUAAUCAAUAUAUUAAAGACAAUAAAGAAGUCUUUUAUAAGGAUGUUUCCUUAGGUGAAGCUAAAGAGAUUAAUGGAUUAAGAGCCGUAUUUGGAGAAACUUAUCCUGAUCCAGUCAGAGUCGUUUCAAUUGGAGUUUCAGUUGAUGAAUUAUUACAAGACCCUAAGAAGCCAGAAUGGCAUGGUGUUUCAAUUGAAUUUUGUGGUGGAACUCAUGUUGCCAAAACUGGUGAUAUUAAAGAUUUGGUUAUUAUUGAAGAAAGUGGUAUUGCCAAAGGGAUUAGAAGAAUCGUGGCUGUGACUGGUCAUGAUGCUCAUGCUGUUCAAAGAUUAGCUCAGGAAUUUGAUCAAGAAUUGACUCAUGCUAGUGAAUUACCAUUUGGACCAAUAAAGGAAAACAAGGCAAAAGAAUUAGGUGUUGCUUUAAAGAAAUUAUCAAUUUCUGUAUUGGAUAAACAAAAAUUAACUGAAAAAUUUAAUAAAUUAGAUAAAUCAAUUAAAGAUAAUCUUAAGGCUAAACAAAAAGAAGAAUCUAAAAAGACUUUAGAAGUUGUAAACAAUUGGUUAAAUGAUGUUGAAAAUAAGAGUGAAUUCUUAGUUGCUCAUGUUCCAAUUGCCGCUAAUGCUAAAGCUAUUACUGAUGCUUUCAAUUUGAUUAAGAAACAAGAUAAGACUAAAUCUAUCUACUUAUUGACUGGUGAAACUGAUAAAGUUGCUCAUGGUUGUUAUGUUUCUGAUGAAGCUAUUGCUAAGGGGGUUGAUGCUACUGUUUUAGCAAAAGCUGUUUCUGAAAGUAUUGGAGGUAAAGCUGGUGGUAAAGGUAAUGUUGUUCAAGGUAUGGGUGAUAAACCAGAAGGUAUUCCAAAUGCUGUUGAACAAGUUACUAAAUUAUUUGCUGAAAAGUUGUAA